AUGAGUAUUGUAAGACAGUCAUGUGAUUGCUGUCGCGUUCGUCGAGUGAAGUGUGAUAGGAAUAGACCGUGUGAUCGUUGCCGUCAGCGCAAUUUGAGAUGCACUUAUUUACAACCGUUAAGGAAACGAGGUCCCAAGUCCAUCGGAGAAAGCAACCUUGAAAGAGCAGCUGAAAUACAGAUGGUGACUGUAAACAAUAACAUCAUGGCGGCCCCAGUAAUGUAUAAAAAGGUUCCAAAGAAGGUGAUUGAUCAAUGUUUGAGACUAUAUCACGAUCAACUAUACGUGAUUUGGCCAAUGCUCAGUUACGAUGAUCUUUACAAGCUUUUGGAGGAAAAUUAUGAGGACUGCAGCACUUAUUGGUUUUUAGUGUCUCUAUCUGCAGCAACUCUUAGUGAUCUGCAUACAAAAAUAGAAUACAAGAAGGGAUUUUUUUUUGCUGGAGAACAAUUGUGUAAUCUUUGUAUGUCAUCGCGACGGUUUUUCGACGAUCUCAGUAAUAGUGAUAUAUUUCGAAUUAUGACAUAUUAUUGUUUGCAUCGUUGUUAUGCACAGUUUGCUGAUACAAGAACCUCAUACAGACUUUCUUGUGAGGCUAUUGGCCUCAUAAAAAUAGCUGGAUUUCAUCGGGAAGAAACUUAUGAGUUUCUUCCAUUUGGUGAGCAACAACUUAUAAGAAAGGUUUACUAUCUGCUUCUCAUGACAGAGAGGUACUAUGCCGUAUACAUUAAAUGUGUAACAAGUUUGGAUACCACUAUAUCUCCACCACAACCCGAAAUCGUAACUGAUUCCCGACUUUCUUUGGAUAGUUUUCUUGAGGUGAUUAAAGUAUUCACUGUUCCUGGGAAAUACUUUUACGAUGCCUUAGCUACCAACAGUGUUAAUGGUUCCUAUACUGAAGACUCUCUAAAAAGGAUAUGGAAUGAACUUCACAUAAGCUCACUUGAUAUAGAGCCAUACUCUUACGGAUACAUAGACUAUCUCUUUUCUCGGCACUGGGUCAGGACUCUAGCAUGGAAGUUGGUACUAAAUAAGAAGGAUAUGCGGAUGAAUUUUUUUUCGAAUACUAACGCCACACACAUUCCAGUCGAAAUAGCCAAGGAUAUGUUACAGGAUACACUUUUAACUCCAAUCGACCUAUAUGAUGUGCAUGGUCCUGUGAUACCAAUGAAGGCGCUAGAAAUAGCCAAUGCAUUGGUAGACGUCGUAAGUAAGUAUGAUCACAAUAUGAAGUUGGAGGCUUGGAAUAUUUUGUGCGAUGUAUCUAAGUUCGUUUUCUCCCUGAAACAUUGCAAUCAUAAAAUGUUUCAAAGGUUUUCAACUAAAUGUCAGAGUGCUCUAAUCGAUUUGCCUAUCUCUAGACCACUGCGCCUAAAUGAUGAUUCCAAGGAUGAAGUCGACAUUAUUCCCUAA